AUGGAUUCAAGUGCCCUAUGCCUUCCGGAGUCUCAGCUUCGGCUGUCGGGAUCGAAUCUCGAGUCGUUCCUCUACACCAUCCUAUUCCCGCCAAUCUGCGUAUUCGGACUUGUCGGCAAUGCGCUGACUGUUAUGGUCCUUCUCAACAAUGAUUUCAUGUCAAGAGCUAAUAUAUUUCUGACUUGUUUGGCAGUUUGCGAUGUCUCAUUUCUUCUACUCAUCAUUCCGCAUUCACUUGCAAAUUUUGAUACUUUCGCCUUCAAUUACACUUUUCGAUAUCUCUAUCUUCCGUCGAAAAUCCACUUGAUCGCAUUCGCGAAUUGGACAUCCGCAGUUGCCAUUUGGCUUGUUGUUGGCGUUUGUUUCGAGCGCGUCGUCGGCGUCCGAUCGCCACUACACCGAUUAACAACUCCGUCUCGAGGGAAACUCGUCACCGGUCUCAUCCUCCUACUAUCGUCUUGUGCCGCAUUGACAUUCUACAAUCACGUCUCGCAUCACUGUUUCAUCAAAUCAUUCUGCAAUGCCACUCAAGUCAUGGCAGUUUGUCUCGACGUCAAUAUGAAUGUAUGGCCUGGGAAUCGGACCAACUUCUCACCGCCGGCAUUACGCCGUUAUGUGGCGACGACUCGAGCAGCCAAUGCAGUUUUAGUAGUAUUUCUUCCACUAAUUCUAUUAGUAACUUUAAAUUUUAUGCUGUUGUAUUAUGUUAAGAAAAGAUCGUUUUUCAUGUACGCGUCUCUAGGAAAAGUGUCGGCGCGAAUGCGGAAAUCCGGUGAUGUCGCACUUCCCUUCGUCGCCACUUUAUUCAGACGACAUUCGGAUCAGAUUCUCCAACAGAAAACCGAACACCGUGUUGCUGUUACAGUAUGCGCCGUCGUGACAUCGUUCACACUCACGCAGGCACCAUCGGCGGUUGUUCUCACAAUAAAUUCGCUUUGGCAGGACUCUUUCAAACCACAUUGGUAUCAUUUAACGACAAUCACUUCGUUUCUCGUCGUAAUUGGGAAAAGCCUCAAUUUUGUGGUGUUCUGUCUGUCAUCAAGCAGCUUCCGUCGACGUCUCUUCAACAUGUUGCGCACCAAAUAUGGGUCCCGCGACGAGAAGCGUUCGCAAUCGAUAAACACAACCUACACACGCUGCGAUAGUCGAGAUUCGCGCAUUCUUUCGCAGAAGAAGUCGUUCCAGAGUAUUUAA